AUGGCAAUGCAAAUUGAUAUGUCCCAAGCAUCUGUUAUGAAAGACGAGCAAGGAAGGCCUUUCAUCGUCGUUCGAGACCAGGGAAAAAAGAAAAGACAGCAUGGAAAUGAUGCUGUUAAAUCACACAUCGUUGCUGCAAAAACAGUAUCCAAUAUUGUAAAGACCUCCCUGGGCCCCCGAGGGCUUGAUAAAAUUUUGAUAUCACCUGAUGGGGACAUUACUGUUACAAAUGACGGAGCGACCAUUCUUUCCCAGAUGGAAAUCUCGAAUCACGUUGCCAAAUUAUUAGUAGAACUUUCGAAAUCGCAAGAUGAUGAGAUUGGCGAUGGAACAACUGGCGUCGUCGUACUCGCAGGCGCACUUUUGGAACAGGCUGCGGAUCUUAUUGACAAAGGAAUUCACCCAAUCCGCAUUGCUGAUGGAUUUGACCAAGCUUGUGAGAUUGCAGUUGCACACCUUGAUAAAAUUAGUGAUGAAGUGAAAUUUACCCGAGAGAAUCAAGAAAACCUUUUAAAAGUUGCGAAGACGUGCCUCGGUAGCAAAAUUGUUUCUAAGGCACACGAUCACUUUGCCAAAAUCGCAGUCGAUGCUGUUCUUUCCGUUGCGGACCUUGAAAGAAAAGAUGUUGAUUUUGAAUUAAUCAAGGUUGAUGGUAAAGUUGGAGGAUCACUAGAGGAUUCUCUUCUUGUCAAAGGUGUGAUCGUUGACAAGGAUUUCUCACACCCACAAAUGCCAGACGAAGUCAGAGAUGCAAAACUAGCAAUCUUGACUUGUGCCUUUGAGCCGCCAAAGCCAAAGACAAAGCACAAGCUUGAUAUAACUAGUGUUGAAGAAUUUAAAAAAUUGCAGCAAUAUGAAAAAGACAAAUUCUCAGAAAUGAUACAGCAAUUGAAGGACACUGGAGCAAAUCUCGUAAUAUGCCAGUGGGGAUUUGACGACGAAGCAAAUCACCUUCUCCUUCAAAAUCGACUACCCGCCGUCCGAUGGGUUGGUGGACCUGAAAUUGAGCUAAUUGCCAUUGCUACAAAUGGUAGAAUUGUCCCACGCUUUGAAGAUCUAAGCCCAGAGAAGCUAGGAACUGCUGGCUUAGUGAGGGAAAUGACAUUCGGUACUACCAGAGAAAAGAUGCUGGUUAUUGAAGAAUGUGCAAACAGCAGAGCAGUAACCGUAUUUGUUAGGGGAAGCAAUAAGAUGAUUAUUGAUGAAGCAAAACGGUCUCUACACGAUGCUUUGUGUGUUGUCAGGAAUUUGGUUCGAGAUAAUCGUGUCGUAUAUGGAGGUGGUGCCGCUGAAAUUGCUUGCUCACUUGCGGUACAGGACGCCGCUGAUCAGUGUCCGGGCCUAGCCCAAUAUGCCAUGCGUGCCUUUGCGGAUGCGUUAGACGCCGUUCCAAUGGCUCUAGCUGAGAAUUCCGGAUGGAGCCCUAUCGAAACCCUUGCAACCAUCAAAUCACGACAUGUAAAGGAAAACAAUUCAAGGCUAGGCGUUGAUUGUAUGCAGACCGGAAGCAAUGACAUGAGAGAGCAUUUCGUCAUCGAUCCAUUGAUUGGCAAACGAGCACAGCUUCUACUCGCCACUCAAUUAUGUCGGCUUGUUUUGAAGGUGAACAAUGUAAUUAUUGCCGGCGAUGAUGAUCAAGAAUACUAA